GUCGUUCUUGCCUUCCCAGUAUGAUGCGGGGAGGCAGGCGUGGAGAUAACAGAAGCCGAUUACAGACUCCGUGUCUCAACAACAUACCACCCACAACUUCAUCCAGUUCUCAAUAAUCAUUGUGAUAUUUCGACAUUGAGCUAGGUGGAGACAACGUCCUAAUUCGUCUUGGUAUGUUCUUUGGCCAUCGAAAAUACUCUUCGAUCUCCACCACUAUAUAAAAUCCGCUCGUCUCAAUUAAUGCCACUUACGAUAUCAUCUUCCUUCAACUCUCCUCUACCCACGAUACCCUUCAGAAUCCUGGUUCACCAAAAAUGGAGUACGUCAACCUCGGAAAGUCUGGCCUGAAGGUCUCCAAGGUUAUCCUGGGAACCAUGAGCUAUGGCACACCAGAAUGGCAAAAAUGGGUCCUUAAUGAAGAGGAUUCGUUGCCACUGCUUGAACAUGCCUACAAGGUUGGCAUCCGCACGUGGGAUACCGCCGACGUCUACUCGCAUGGUCAAUCCGAAAAGAUCAUUGCCAAGGCAAUCAAGAAGUUCAAUAUCCCUAGAGAGAAUCUGGUCAUCCUCAGCAAAUGCUACUUUGGAGUCACUCCUGAUACUCCAGGUGCACCAAUCUCCGCCGUCUCCAUCAACGAUGGCGAGAUGGUGAACCAGAUCGGUCUGAGUCGGAAGCAUAUCCUCGACGCCGUAGAUAAGAGUAUUGCCAGACUGGGUACCUAUAUUGAUGUCCUACAAAUCCACCGUUUGGAUCGCGACACCCCAAGAGAGGAAAUCAUGCGUGCCCUCAACGACGUCGUCGAGUCUGGUAAAGUACGCUACAUUGGUGCUUCGAGCAUGGCCGCAUGGGAGUUUCAAGAACUGCAGAAUAUCGCUGAUCGUCACGGCUGGCAUAAAUUUAUCUCCAUGCAGAACUACUAUAACCUGAUCUACCGCGAGGAGGAGAAUGAGAUGAUACCCUACUGCAACCACACUGGAGUCGGCCUAGUUCCAUGGUCCCCCGUCGCACGAGGUGCCUUGACCCGUCCAUACAACAGUCGAGACACCACUCGUGAGAAGACCGAUGCUUUUCUGAAUUUUCUGGUCAGAUCACGCAACGACAAGGUAGAUGAGGAGAUCAUCAACCGCGUCGAGGAAGUGUCUAAGAAAAUUGGUAAGAGUAUGGCUCAAGUGGCCAUUGCCUGGGCAUUGUCCAAGAAAGAUGUUACUCCAAUUGUUGGCUUGGGUUCAAAGGAGAGAAUUGAUGAGGCAGUCGAGGCCAUCAAGGUCAAGUUGAGUGAGGAAGAUAUCAAGUACUUGGAAGAGCCAUAUAUGCCCAAGAAGCGACAAGGAUAUUGAGCUUGAGCUGAAGCUUCUAGGUUGAAUAGCACAAAAGUAGGACAAGAAUACAUCUAAUCAAACACAAUAAUGGUUAGGUAGUCUAGUUAUGGCAUGGAUGUUCCAGAGCGAUUGCAAACUGUGUC